AUGUCAAAAACACUUUAUCUCUUAUAUGAGGGUCCCACGGGUUAUGCCCUGUUUAAGGUACUCACCACGGAGGAAAUUGGUGCUGGUGAUGUUGCACUACAGAAGGACCUUCAAACGUUUGCCACGUUUUCCCCGUGGGUGAAACUUCUAUCCUUCGCACCUUAUCAGUCACCGGAGAAUGCGUUGGAGGACGCCGUUUGCAUUAAUGAAUCUAUUGUAAGUCCUUUCCUGAAUAACUUUUUGACUUCGGUUCUGUCAAAGAAGGCAACAAAGGGUGAAGCCAACUGGGAGCUUGGUGUGUCAGACCCCAAGUUGGGGAGUGCCAUUCACGAUGAGCUGAAAUUCGCUGUGUUGUGCAAUGAAAACGUGGUGGAGAUGUGCCGCUGUUUGCGUUUGCACGCCGAGAAAUUGUUGCCCGAGCAUCAAGAAAAGGAUAUACUUCGUGCGCAGUGCGGUCUCGGCCACGCCUUCUCCCGCAACAAAGUGAAAUUCAACGUUCAUCGCAGUGACAACAUGAUUAUUCAAUCUUCUGCUUUGACAGAGCACAUGGACAAGGGCGUCAACCUUCUUGGAAUGCGCGUAAAGGAAUGGUACGGCUGGCACUUUCCUGAAUUGGCUAAGGAGGUGCCGGAGCCACUCAAGUAUUCCAAAGUCGCUCUGUUAAUUGGUAGCCGCAGCACGCUGGAAGAGCGCGAUACUGAGGAGGUAACGCAACAAAUCGCUGAGAUUCUCGAGGGUGAUGAAGCUCUCGCGGCUCGUGUGUAUGAGAAAGCCGUCACGUCGAUGGGUGGCGAUAUGGCAGAGGUUGACUGGUCAAACAUUCGCCGCUUCAUGAAACGUGUCGUGUCUCUUGGAGACUACCGAGAGUCGUUACAACAGUACCUUGUGGAUAAGAUGAUGCUUGUGGCACCCAAUUUAACGGAGUUGAUGGGGCAGAACAUCGGUGCGAAGCUCAUCUCGAAAGCCGGUUCCCUUACAAACCUCGCCAAAUCGCCUGCGAGUACCAUCCAAAUUCUCGGUGCAGAGAAGGCUUUAUUCCGUGCCUUGAAAAAGCGGAAGGGCAACACCCCCAAAUACGGCCUUAUUUUCCAUUCCACCUUCAUUCAGCGCGCCGCUAAGGAGCAUAGGGGUAAGAUUUCUCGUUACCUUGCCAACAAAGCUGCCCUUGCGUGCCGCAUUGAUUGUUUCAUGGACGCCCCGCCGCAGGUCUUUGGCGAGAAAUUGCGAGAACAGGUGGAAGCGCGGCUCAAUUUCUUUGACACGGGUAAUAAACCGCCCUCAAACCGUGUAGCUAUGGAGGAGGCGCUCGAACAAUACAAAAAAAUUAUUCGCCGCCGUGCAAAGAAACAACGGACCGCUCAAAGCGCUGAAGCCGAAGGUGAGCGUGAGGAAGUGAGUGAGACACCGAAGCAGAAGCGAUCACGCCGAGAAGUGCCACAAGAAUCGGCAUAG